CUUCCCCCGAUUUCCACAAGGCGCAGACUGGCGUCGCGCUGAAGUGAAGCCGUGCCGACUGGCGGUCAUCGAAGUACGGCGUCACCUCCAACCAAAUUAGUGAAUUUGAAAGAAUCUUUGACACCGCAAGUCUCCUCGAAUUGUGAAGGUAUGAAGCGAGAAGGCGACCACGCAGACAUGGGCUCCCCCCUGAAGCGCUCUCGCAGCGCCGACGACGUGGAAGCGCGCUUUCUCAUCCCCAGCAAGAUCGCUGGCUCCAUUAUUGGCCGCAGCGGGAACAACAUCACCAAGCUGAGAACCGAGUACAAAGCCACCAUCACUGUCCCCGAUUGUCCAGGCCCAGAACGGAUGCUGACGGUAUGUGCGGAGCCCGAAACUGUGGUCAGUGUCAUUUCCGACAUCAUUCCGCACAUCGACAUGGCGUCGAGGAACGAGCGCGGUGUCGGCCAGACUUCGGGCGUGCAGCGCGAAGGCGAAGGCACGGACCUGCGCAUGCUGGUGCACCAGAGUCAGGCGGGCUGCAUCAUCGGCAAGGGUGGCCUCAAAGUCAAGGAGCUCCGGGAUAAAACUGGAGCCAGGAUCAAGAUCUACACAAACUGCUGUCCUCAGAGCACUGACCGAGUGGUGCAGAUCUGUGGCCGCAACAACACCUGCGUCGACUGUGUCCGGGAGAUCAUCGACUUAUUACAGAACACCCCCAUCAAGGGCCACAACAGCCCCUACGACCCCCACAACUGCGACGAGUACUACGCCGAGGAGUACGGCGGCUUCUCUGACGGCGGACGGGGUGGCCGCGGCGGCGGCGAGCGCGGCAUGGGUCCGGGCCCCGGUGGCCCCGGCGGCCCGGGCAUGAUGGGCCCAGGGGGUGGCGGCGGCGGCGGCGGUGGCGGAGGCGGCUUCAGGGGGCCCCGUGACGGCCCCGGCCCGCGCGACCGCGACAUGGGACGCGGCCCGGGAGGCAUGGGUGGCCCCCCGUCGCGAGGCGGAUAUGGUGGCAGUGGAGGAGGAUACGGUGCCGGCGGUGGCUACGGCGCUGGAGGUGGAGCCGCAAAUGGAAUGGGAAAUCCGCCACCAAUGAAUAUGGGACCCAAUUUAGGGGGCAACGGCAAUCAGUCAGGCCAACGCAACUCCACCCAAGUCACCAUUCCCAAGGAUCUGGCGGGGGCAAUCAUCGGCAAGGGAGGCUCCAGAAUCCGCAAAAUUCGCUUGGACUCGGGGGCCAGCAUCACGAUUGACGAGCCGGCCGAGGGCUCCAAUGAUAGGGUCAUCACCAUCUGUGGAGCCCCUAACCAAAUUCAAAUGGCACAGUACCUACUCCAGCAAAGUGUGCACGACAGCUCAAACGAAAGAUAUUGACCCGGCGAUCAAGAGGCUCGCCUUUCUCCAAAGUCAUUUAAAGGGGUGGCCAAUUUUGGAAGACGCUGGCUCCCUUAGUCCCUGUGAAGAAUUUUGUAGAAUUGACGAUGCCUGUGUGUGUCAUUAAUACAUGUUGUAUUUUCUUUUCAAUAUUAUUUUUUUUAAUGAUUGCAUUCUGUCAAGCACAAUGUAUGUUCUAAUGUGUACCUGAUUGACACAGCAGGUUUUGUUGCAUUUGAAGUCCUCCAUAGGGCCAUGGUGUUAUAUUUUGUACCUGGGUACAUUUUUAGGAAAAUCUAUUUGUAGUUCCAUUUUUUCUUUAUCAAAUAUUCCAUGUCUAUUCAUCAAAGCAUCACUCAUCGUUCAUGGUGAUCACUACUAACGUUAAUCCAUCCCACCUUGACACACUGUUUGUGAAGUGUGAACAUUUUUGUCACUUGUUUUUCUGUACUGAUCUUUUCUUUUUAUAUUUCUUUUGUACCCCAGUACCUUUUGAGCCCAUUAUCAUGUGGAUGUGAAUUAUGUAGCAGUGUGUGGACUUUAUCACCUGUCUUUUUUCUUCAGAUUUAGUAUAAAUUCAUUUGAUAUGCGUUUUUUCUUAUAUGUUGUGUGUUGGGAGUUAAGCUCCAUUUUUGUUCCAUUUUGUUUUGUUUUUGUUCAAUCUGGAUGCAUCCUAGCUGAGGAGUGAGUGAAAAACCUUCAGAGUGAUUCUAGUAUAUGAGCAAAGUUUGUACUGUAAAAUAGGGUGACUUUAGCCCACUCUAAGCAAUUUUUGUAUUUUGGAAUAACAAGUCCCCUUUGUAUGCGAACAACGAAAUCAUGAUAAAACAGUAAUUAAGAAAAAAUUAUUAAUUUGGAUUAUUUUUUUCCUCAGUAAUAUGAUGAAAGUGUUCAAUCUUAUCAGUAUCUUGACACUGUUCCUUUUUUAAUAAUUUUCUAAAGUCACUCUAAUUUACUGUGCUGAAAAUCUAUGUGUUGGACAUGUUCAUUUGUGUGUCGGCCUAAACAGGCUUAUGUACCCUUUCCUCCCUAAAAACAACUUCUUAGAUGUCUAGUUUAUUCUUUAUGAUAGUUGUAUGUAAAUUACAAACACUACCUCAGGGUACAGGUUUUCUGUACACUCACAUGCACACACCAGUGAUCAAGAUGGCAUUACUAAUGUGAUCUUAAAAUGCCUUCUAGGUGUAAGUUUAGAUGGGUAUGACCCAGCAGCUGUGUAACUGGGACAAGUGAGUCUCAAAAUUAUUACUGUGCCAUUUUUCACAUUACUGAAGUAUGUUCCUUGCCACUAUUUCCUCUAAAUUGUUGUCUGUGUUCAGCUCUUGUCGCAGAUUACUCAGCUGUUGUUUGUCAUUCAGAACUCUGUGUUUAAGAAACUCGAGUCAUUUUAAUUGUCUUCCUUUGAUGAGUGUGUUUGUACCAAAAUGAUGGUGGUGUUUCGAUCUGCAUAAAUUUGUAUGUACAUACAGAAGUGAAUAUGCACCUCUCUAGUUAGGGGUAGGUGUCAUUAAUGAAUUAGAUGGUCUAGUUGGUGGGAUUCCAGAAAUGAAGUCGGCACUCCUGCCUCUACUAAUCAUUGUUCUUUUUAAUCUUUUACUACUUGCAUUUUGUACCCUUGUUAAAAUGCGAGUCAUGGCUGAAUCAAUAAUAGCUAUCAUUUGUUGAGGUUAAAAUUAUUGGAACAUGAUGUAAAUCAGUAGUCCUGAAAUAAAUGAAUAAAUAAAUAAAUCAAUUAAACAUG